AAAUAGAUUUCUGAGUGUUUUACCGAUUACCAGUUUCUGCUCGAUUUUGGCUGAAAAACAAUAUUAUUAGAAUUUAUUUUUCCAUUCUCUCUAAAAAUCUGUAAAAGGAACUUAUGCUGCCUAUUAGAAAAUUUCUUACUAUGAAGGAUACUCGAUUUCAAUUAAUUUGUAAUCAAUUUUGGCUAGUGAGGAGAACGAUAAUAAGAGCUCAAGAACCACUUAGAGCUAUUCGUUCCACAUAUCAAGAUGUAGCUCCAUCAUUUCAUGAUCAAGCCUCAACUCGGUCUUUUUUAAUGAGAUUGGAUCAAAAGAGUUUGAAAAAUUUACAAGAUGAAAUAAUUUUCUUUACUAAUUGCAUACCGUUUCUUGGAUUCGGAUUUUUGGACAAUUUUGUAAUGAUUAUUGCUGGGGAAUAUAUUGAUUUAAAAUUGGGUGUUAUACUUGGAAUAUCAACUAUGGCUGCAGCAGCCCUUGGAAAUUUAGUCUCUGAUAUUGGUGGUUUAGGACUUGCGGGCUACGUCGAAAUGCUCGCUUCGAAAUGUGGGUUAGAAACACCUCGUCUAAGCGUUUAUCAAUCCUCUACUUGGGGUGCAAGAAUGUCUACACUUGCUGGUCGUACAUUUGGUAUAUCCUUAGGUUGUUUAAUAGGCAUGUUUCCUUUACUCUUUUAUGGAAACGAGGAAAACAAAGCUACAGACGAUCAAUCAGAAUAA